AGCAAUAGUAAGAUCUGCUUGUAUUAAAUCUGCUCAAUUCUCAUGCCAAUUAGGGAAUGGGAUUAGCACCCUAGCAUUUUGUUUUCCUACUUGAUUAGACGGUGCUCCUUGAUCCGAAUGACACGGGUGCUUAGCUCAAUUUGGUUGGUCUUUCGUGAUGUUAUCCAAUUGCGUGCAGAAAUUCCAUCUUUAUGCUCUGAAAAACUUACUUACUCACAUUCUAAAGACGGAGUAUACAUUAGUGUUCAAAGGUUAUAUUGCACUUGAGCAUUUGUGCUCUAAGUUGAUUUACCAGAUGACAUCAUCGGUCUUGGAUGAUUAUUAUUUUUACUCCGGGGUUCGGUAUGGGCUCGCGUUCCAAUCCGUCCUGAUUAUUAUUAUUUUUUCCUCAUGUUCAACUGAGUGUUGUUCAAACGCCAUAUCCACCAUCGAUGGCAGCUCUCUCUUUGUCCCCUUGAGCUGGACCAUGAAUUCCGCCCUUCUUUACUUCACAUUGUCAUCAAUUCCCCCAUGGGCUGUCGAGCGCCAUAGCCUGGGUGCUUCUCCAGAUCUUAGAAACCUAGCUUCUUUGGACAUGUCAGCAAAUUCCUCUUCUCUUGGCCUCUUUCUAGGUAUCUCUUAUGCAUAAUACAUAUAUUAGAUUGGCAAAUUACCUUGGCGUGACACUUAUGGUGGUGCUUGGCUGCUAGCAGUAUCAACUUUGCAUGCGAUUGUCAGGGUUAUGAUUCUACUUUCUGUGAUAUACUUGUCAGAUUCAACACCAUAAGUUCCUUCAUUGAUUGUUUGUUGUAGCUCCCACUUCAUAUAGCUUUGCUGAAGUAAUUUUAAAUAAGUGGGUUAAGAAAAACCCUACCAAUAAGGAAAAUAAUCAGGAUGGACAAGGUGAGGGGAAUGCACCCCUCCACUAUUACAUUGCAAUGAACACUCACCCAAUUAGAUGCAUGCUCAGCAGAAUUCCAUAU